AUGACUCUCUACGUAGCCUCUCUCUUUCUACCGUACACUAUAGACUUCAAAGCGACUGGAAUCCGACAUGGCCAGGGGUAUUUUGAUGACCCCGGUACUCCUCCUGGUGAAAAAGCGAAAAGUCUAGCAGGUCUUCAUCGGAGAACACAGCCAAACGUGCUUUCAAGGGAAUCUGAAAAUCAUGAGACGAUCUUCAAGCCGUUUUACGCACUACAAUCAGCGUCAGAUGAACCCCAGGCACCGGCGCCGACCGAAGUCCAUGUAGAUUCUUGGGGUUCAAGUCGCAAAUUUAACCAACCCAAGUCAAAGGCUGUCAACCCUCCUCAUUCUUCUAUUCUCAGCCGCCCUAGUAUCAUUGACGGGUCUGCAGAUUGGCUGAACGAUCAUGAUCCAGAAGAGCCAGCCGCUCCGCAAGCGUUAUUGUCUGAUGCUGAUUGGGUAGUUAAAUCAGCUGUCCAGGGGAAUGGGGGGCUUCGCAACGCCAUCGAUGCUGCCGUCAAGGCUGGGAUUGUCCAUGACAAGGUUUGGGUAGGCACUCUGGGCAUGCCGGUAGACUCGCUGAAGGAAGGCACACGCAAAAACAUCGCAAAGCAACUAAGUGAGGAAUUCGACUCCCUUGCAGUAUUUGUCGGAGAUUAUGAAUUCGAAGGCCAUUAUUUUCAUUUCUGCCGCAACGUCCUCUUUCCAGCUUUCCACUAUCAGAUGCAGGAAAGCCCACGCCACAAGGAAUAUGACGAUCACUCUUGGAAACAAUAUGUUACGCUUAAUGAAAUCUUCGCGGACGCAAUAGCAGCUAGAUGGCGACCGGGGGAUCGCAUAUGGAUUCAUGACUAUCAUCUCAUGCUACUUCCCCAGAUGCUACGAGACAGACUUCCCCAGUCCGAGAUUGGCUUCUUCAUGCACACCGCUUUUCCUUCUUCUGAAAUCUUCCGCUGCCUGACUGCGAGGGGAGCUCUGAUAAAAGGGCUCCUCGGAGCCAAUCUAAUUGGCUUACAAACUGCGGAAUAUGUCUACCACUUUCAUCAUACAUGCAAGAGAAUUUUACGGCUGGAUGUUUCUACGGAUGGUGUUCAUCUACCCGAGCAGAUAACCCCCGUUCAGGUGUUCCCCAUAGGCAUUGAUUUGGAUCUGAUGAACUCCCAGAGAGAGUUGCCUGAGGUAAAAGAAUGGGUGUUGAAGAUUAAGGAGAAAUACAAGGGCAAGCGUCUAAUUAUCGCAAGAGACCGCCUGGAUGCUGCGGGUGGUAUCAAACAGAAGCUCCUAUCUUAUGAAAAGUUUCUGAAAAAAUACCCUGCAUGGCGGGACAAUGUUGUACUAGUUCAAGUUGCCUCGUCAUAUUCCCCUGACUUCACCGAUCUCGAAACCCAAAUAACUAAGAUUGCAAUGCGAAUUAAUUCCAAGUACUCAACAUUGACUCACCAGCCGCUGGUUUUAUUGAAGCAAGACAUCUCAUUUACGCAAUUCCUCGCGUUGAUGUCGGUCGCGGAAAUUUUCAUGAUCACUAGUCUUCGCGACGGCAUGAACCUUUCUGGACAUGACUUCGUCGUCUGUCAAGACGGGAAUUCAGGCAUUUCUCAAAAGCACGGGUCACUUAUUUUGAGUGAAUUCACUGGAAGUGCCUCUAUCUGCAGCGGCUACGACUUUCUUGUCAACCCAUGGGAUUACGUUCAAUGCGCUGACGCCAUAAAUCGUGCUCUAGUCAUGUCGCCUGAAGAGAAGAAGAAGAAUUGGCGCUUUUUAACAGACCGAAUGGCGCGGCACACUGCCUCAAUAUGGUGUGACUCAUUUUUGCAUGCACUCCACCAAGCUUAUGAGGUACAGUCGUCACAAAAAUUACAUAAAAUUCCCUCGCUUUCCAUAGUUGCUGUGCGAGAGAAGUACCAAAGAUCCAACACUCGGUUCAUCAUUAUAGAAGACCAAGCCAUGUUUCCUUCACUGCAGGUUCACGAGGAAGAAAUGACUGCUUCAGACUUCACAGGACUUUCUAUGUUACGGACACUUUCAUCGGAUCCAAAAAAUGUUGUUUACCUAACAAGUUCACGAACACCGAAGCAGCUUGAGUCGAAAUUAGGCGGAAUAUCGAGUAUUGGGUUCAUUGCAGAGAAUGGAGCUUUCUUACGAGAGCCUGGGCAGGCUAAAUGGCAGCAACUAUUAGGAGAGGGAGAUACUCUAAGUUGGCGCUCGGGUGUCCACAAAGUGAUGGAAUACUUCCAAGAACGUACGGAGGGGGCGUCUAUUGAGGAACAACAUUUCUCGCUCACAUUCAGAUACAAAGAUGCAGUUGAUCAAGUUUUCGCCGAUCGACAAGCAGCAGAGUUGAAUGACCAGAUCAACAGUUCGCGUGGAAGCAUUCCUAUCCGCGCAGUUCAAACAGAUGGCGCUGUUAUUGUCGAGUCUACAGACGUAACUGAUGCCACAGCUGCGGAAUUAGCGCUCCGAAGAAUCAGCAGCCUUGAUUCAAUAAUACCAGACUUGCUUUUCAUCGCUGGAAACGCUCGUAACACCGAGACUUUGUUCAGCUGGGCAAAUAAAAUUGAGAAAGAAGGCAGAGUUCCAAACGUCGUCAGUGUUGCAGUGGACACUACCCAGGAAAGCACGGCAGGGGCAAUGGUUGUAGAUGAUACUGCAUCUUUGAUAGCUGAACUAGCAAGUCUAGCUAGUGGUAGCAUGUCAUUCAAAUAG